UGACAUUUUUAAUUUGAGAAUAUUAUAACUAUUUUUUAAAAAAAUUUGUCCCGAAGUAUAUUAUUGAGUAGUUUUAAAACUUUUUCUGAAUUUGGGGCUAGGAGGAAAAAAUUGCCCAAGCAGCCAAAAAUCAUCUCAGGUACUGUGAAUUGGGCAUUUGGGGAAGUAGAAACCACCAAAUCCGUUUCUCUGAUUAAGAAGGUACGCUGAAUCGAUAGAAGAUGGACGGAGAAGAGGGAGAAGGGUUGAGGCUGAGCAAGCGGUUCUCCGACAAGGCUGGAUCGGGGGAGGUCGACUAUAAGGUCAAGGCCGGCACCGCCUGGAGCCAUUCCUAUCUCAAUCAGAAGCCGUGGCAUCCCCUCUCCUACCCUAACCAACGCCGCAAGUGGAUUGCCGAGCAGACCCACGCUCAGAAACAGCGACGUUCGGAGGAAGUCUCCCGCGAGUAUGCUCAAGAGCAGGAGUUCUUUCGACAGACGGCCCUCAUCUCCAAGAAAGAGAAGGAAAAGGUGGAGAUGAUGAAAGCCGUUAGCUUCAUGUACGUUCGUCCACCUGGUUACAAUGCUGAAAGUGCCAAAGCAGCAGAGAUUGACGAUGAAAGGAAAAGACAAGUGCAGAAUAACACAGACCAGCCUGAAGAUGGACCAUCAGCUGCGAUGCCACAAGAAUCCCUGCAUGGUAGAGAUACUAUGAGUCAGGAGAAAAAGAAACCAAGACCUAAAGAUGUUUUUGGGCGUCCUUUACCAACUGAGGAGGAGUUUGAAAUCCUUAAAAAUGCUCCACGGCUGGAGACAGGUGUUCCUGCAAGGGUAAAACCAUUUGGUGUUGAAGUACGUAAUGUUAAAUGUUUAAGAUGUGGAAAUUAUGGUCACCAAAGUGGUGACCGUGAAUGUCCCUUGAAGGAUGUUAUAAUGCCUAAUGAAGAGAGUCGCCUGAAAAGAGAUGACCCAUUAAAUGCUAUCAUUGCUCAGAUAGAUCCUACUGAGCCGCUGAAGUGGGAGCUGAAACAAAAACCGGGCUUGAGUCCUCCUCGCGGAGGGUUUAAACCAGAUGACCCCAAUCAGCAAAUAGUUGCUGAGGAAAUAUUUGAUGAAUAUGGAGGAUUUCUUAGUGGAGGCAAUAUUCCUGAGUUGCUAACCAACUUCUCAAGCAAACCCAAAAAAAGGAAGUCUGGGAAGAAAAGAAGGCACAAGAGGCAGUCAUCAGAUAGGUUGUCUUCACCUUCUGAUGCUGAUGACGAGGAGAAGUCUAGAGAGAAGAAUCACAAAAAGAAGAAGCAGAAUCUUUCUGAGUCAAAUUCAUCAGACGAUUCAGAUUUUGAUAGGCAUCAGAGAAAGAGUAGAAACAAGCAUUCUUAUUUAUCUGAAGAGGAUGAAUUUGCUAGACAGCACAAGGGUAAAAAUGGUAGACAAAAGCAUUCACAUUCGCUUGAAGACACUGACUCUGAUAAGCAAAACAGGGGUAAAAGGAGCAAACAGAGGUGCACCCAUUCAUCAAAGGAUGAUGCUGAGAUGCAUGGUCGCAAGCAUUCUUAUGCUCCUGAAGACUCUGACCCUGGUAGGAAUAGGAGGAGAAAGAGCAGGCAAAAGCACUCUUAUUCAUUUGAAGAUUCUGACUCCGAUGAGCAAAGCAAGGGUAAAAGGAGCAAACAGAGGUACACCCAUUCAUCAGAGCAUGAUGCCAAGAUGCAUGGUCGCAAGCAUGCUUAUUCUCCUGAAGUCUCUGACCCCGGUAGGCAUAGGAGGAGAAAGAGCAGACAAAAGCACUCUUAUUCAUCUGAAGAUUCUGACUCUGAUAACCGAAGCAAGGGUAAAAGGAGCAAGCAUACUCAUUUAUCAGAAGAUGAUUCUGAUAUUCAUCGUCAUAAGCAUUCAUAUUCAUCUGAAGAUUCUGAACCUGGUAGGCACAACAGGAGUAAAAAGAGCCAACAGAGGCAUUCUUAUACAUCCAAAGAUGAUUUUGGUAGGCAUCAUAAAAGCAAAUGGAGCAGACAGAAACAUUCUCACUCGCACUCAUAUCAAGACUCUGACCCUGACCCUGAUACAGAUCACAGAAGAAGUAAACAUCAAAGCCGUCAUUAGCAGUCGAAAUGGGCGUCAGGGCAAGACUGGGUGGUGCAUUUUCUAUCUAGGUGAGGAAGCCUGGUGACCGUCGCUUACAUUGCAACAACCCUUUGGCUCGUUUGUUUAUGGCAUGGAAGGACUAACCACCUCUCCAUGCUAACUGUUUUUGUAUCCAUGAAUGCUUGUAAUUCUUCCCCAUUCUUGAUUCAUUGAUGCAUUACAGAUUUUUCUUCCCUUUUGUCCCGAAUGUGAAACCGUUGUUGCUUUUCAACCCUAAUCUGUAAACCUUGAAUCCAAGGUUAAAUCAAGCUUUUCAAUCCUA